AUGUAUGCUCAUGCAUCGACAGACCACAACAAGGUUCACAGCGCCAUAUUCCACACGGAACAUUUGGGUCUGCGUUUCGCAGAUUCUAAGUGGGCAGUUUGCAUGUCUCGUGAGAACAGCCCGCCCUCGCCCGCCUCCCCCACUGACUCCGACUACCAGUUCGCUCAACACGUGGGAGGACUCGACUAUUUCACACAACAGCCUGACCUCAAGACUCCCACCUCUACAAUCACCCACAAGGUGACCACACGAGCGAACACAAGCCAAGAAACCCCAUUUGACUUUUGCUUUAAGUUCUACAACAUAUAA